CAACACCCUAAUUUGCUGCCGUUGCUUGGAGAAGACAGACGCCAUCCGUCAAAAUAAGAGAAUUUAAACCAAUUUAUUUUGUGCGUGUGUUGAUUUGUUCAACAUCAGAACGUCAGUGUUGAAAUCAUUGAUUUUUCAUUCAAAUACCGCCUACUAAGGAGCAAUGAGCGAUCCAUCAUCGAGUCUUAGAAAAAACAAGAAGACACCUUUGCCGGGUGUGAAGCAAGCGCAUGGGCAAAGGGCUGUACCAUUUAGGAGUCAACCAGCUGACUUUCUGGCUCCAUCUGACUUGGAUGACUUUGAAGAUGUUCUCAGCCGUACCUCAUCCAGACUCUCCUCAUCAGGUAACAAGGGUGAUCUUGGAUCAAUUCAUAAGGGCCAUCAACUCCCAAAGAUAACUCAGAAAGACAAGAAAAAUCCUCCUUCCGAUAUUGAUCUGAUGUCAAGUAUGAUGGGCCGUAUUUCCAAGCUUGAGCUUCAAGUCAAGUACUAUGCCAAGGAAAUCAUUGAAAAGGAUAAGAAGAUUAAUAUAUUGGAGGAAAAGAUUGGCUUGAUGAAAAAGUAUCAAGAUGAACCUGACAUUGAGUCGCAGAGAGUGAAGGAAUUGGAGAGAAAAUGUCAGAGUUUACAGGAACAGAUUCAAGAUAUGGAGGACUUUUUAUCAGAUUACGGCAUGGUAUGGGUAGGGGGUACCCAUGAAGAAGAUGAACCUAAGAGUGCUAAGGUGGAUGGACUGUAUCAGGAGAUUAAUUCUGGUAUCAAGAGCCAAGAAGUCUGGAGACCAGGCUCAUCAUUGGUGUCUUCAGAGGACUGCAUACCUAACUUUGACCUGCUCCUCAAGAAUAUCAAAGAAUUAAACAUCUUAGCCAGAGAAGGAGAAAAGAAGAUUCAGCAUACCGUUAGUGGAGCCCGUUUCAAGACGGUUGAUAGUAUCCCUCUUACUCUAUAUGCUAACGGGAUCUUCAUGUUUAAUGGACCGUUCCGUUCUUAUCAAGAACCUGAAACACAGCAAUGCAUGGAAGAUCUUAUGGAAGGUUAUUUCCCAACUGAACUGCAGACCAGAUAUCCUGAUGGUGUGCCUAUCAAGGUGGAUGAUCAGAGAGAUGUUGUAUUUAAAGACCAAAGAGAUCGUGAGUUCUUUCCUGGUACUGGUUUGACUGUGGGUGGAUGCAAUGAUGGACCAUCCAGACUGGUACCCUCUAACCUUGAUAAAGCAACCAGUAUGAACAGUAGUGGACCACCAGUGAGCCAGGAACAUUCACCACUCAAGUUGAGAGAAACAAGCAAGCCACCAGUUGAUCCUUUAUCAGUUGAUCAAUUCCUUGGUAAGCUUCAUCCUGUUGUAUCAUCAGAUGGUAAGGUCAUUGAUGUCAGGUCUUCCGUUGCUGAUUUGCUCAAGGAGGAGACGAUACCCAAUGCUGUGACAGUAGUGGACACUCCGAUCGUUCAGGGUAUUAAAGAGAGAGCUAUGUCAGGCAAGGCUGGUCAAUCUAAUCGACCGCUCUCUGCAAGGUCAUCCCCAAGGAGUGAUGUCGCCACGCUGCGUGUCAAAUCAGAGAGUGGUGAUCAUACUUUCAUCUUGAAGUUGAGAUUUACAGACACCAUAGGGGAUAUCAGGAUGCAUCUUGAUAAACAGAGGAAACCACAAUCCCCGGACUACAUCCUAGUUACAACAUUCCCCAAUAGGACAUACACCAAACUGGAUGCAACACUUGAGGAGAGUGGUUUGACACCAAAUGCCACUGUUUUGAUGAAAUUAAACAGAUAAUACCUUGUAUCCUUCUUGCCUUCAUAUAUUUUGGAGAUGAACUAUGACACAAUAAACACUGAUAGCCAGUGGAUGGAUUUAAUGCCAAAAGUCUUUCUUGUCUCAACUGGAUAAAAAUAGACAAUGAAAAAGGAGAAUAUGGAUAAGAUAAACAAUGUGUUGUGAUGAAGCUGAAGCAAGAAUAUGACCAGAUCUUCUGAUUUAAUUUCAAGGAAAUAAUCUACAACAUUAAUGAGGGGAUUGACAACAACUGCUGUCUUAUAUGCCUCCGAACACUAUAGCUUAGAUUUUCCAGUUUUUUGUGAUACAGUAAGUUGAAAUCGUCCGUCGUCCGUCCACAAUUUCAAAAUGCUACUACUUCGCCAUUUCAAGUCCGAUUUCAAUUC